CUAGUAUAUUUUUGUUCUCCAGGUUCCAAGAUGGCGCAGGGCGGGUGCGUGAACAAAGCCUUCGAGGGCGCCGACGACGGCUUCCACACUAUCGACCUCCGCGCCAACCGCGACGAGCGCCACGACAGAUUGCACCCGCCGGACCCAGAGCCGCCCUCGGACGGGCCCGCGGCGUCCCCGGACAAGCCCCGGGCCUUAGACUGCGGCUGGGGCGUGUUCCGGCCCGCCUGGCUGCAGCGCUUCCGCACAGCCAAGUGGGCGCUGUUCUGGCUGUGCUGGGCAGGCGCUAUACAGGGUAUGGUGGUGAACGGGUUCGUGAACGUCGUCAUCACCACCAUCGAGAAGAGGUUCGGGCUGCGCUCCAUGCAGACGGGCGUCAUCGCUGGCGGAUACGACAUGGCCUCCUUCGCGUGCCUGGCGCCCGUGACCUACCUGGGCGGGCGGGGCUCCGCGUCCAAGCCUCGCUGGUUAGGCUGGGGCGUGCUGCUGAUGGGCGCGGGGUCUCUACUCUUCGCGCUGCCGCACUUCCUCGUGGCUCCAUAUAGAGUGGCGGGCGAGGAGCCUGAAGAUGUCUGCGCUGUCAAUCAGACUGUGUCCAGCCACCGCUGCCAGGGCCCGGCGGCGGCGGAGAGCGGCUCGUGGGCGGUGGUGGUGUUUGUGGCGGCGCAGCUGCUGCACGGCGCCGGCGCCACGCCGCUGUUCACGCUUGGCGUCACGUACAUCGACGAGAACGUGUCCAAGAAGAUGUCCUCAGUGUACUUGGGCGUGUACUACACGAUGGCAGUGGUGGGCCCAGCGCUGGGCUACGUGCUCGGAGGACAGAUGCUGAAGAUCUACACGGACUUCGUCACCGUCGACUCUGACACGUUGGGAAUCACUCCGGCGAGCUCGGUGUGGAUUGGUGCGUGGUGGGUGGGAUUCAUUCUAUCAGCCGUACUGUGCCUCAUCGUCGCUGUCCCACUGCUGGCCUUCCCUUAUGAGCUGCCAGGUGCCGACGAAAUCCGAGCGUCAAAAGUUUCCGAAGCCCACGAGGGCGCGGCGUCCAAGUCAGCGGCUUUCAGCGCUCUCCACGAGCUGCCGCGCGCCGCUGCAGCGCUGCUGCGGAAUCCCACGUUCCUGUUCCUGAAUCUAGCAGGUGCCAGCGAGGGCAUGCUCAUAUCGGGCUUCGCUGCGUUCCUGCCUAAGCUUAUUGAGAAUCAGUUCGCGGUUAGCGCUUCUGAAGCGGCGCUACUUUUAGGAGUGAUAACGGUGCCAGCGGGCGGUGGCGGCACGUUCGCGGGCGGCUGGCUGGUGAAGCGCUGGCGGCUGUCGUGCGCCGGCAUCAUCCGGCUGUGCGUAGCGGCCACCGUCAUUGCCGCUGUCUUCACCGUCAGCUUCGUGCUAACAUGCGACGACUACCCCUUUGCGGGUGUCACGGUGCGGUACAACUCGCCUGCUGUGCCGGGCGGCGACCGGCUUUCCGCCAGCUGCAACUCAGGCUGCGGCUGCGCGGACUCCCGCUACGCGCCGGUGUGCGGCGCCGACGGCGUCGUGUACUACUCAGCCUGCCACGCCGGCUGUCACGAGCGAACGCUGGCCGGCACCGCGCAGCUGUUCCGACGCUGCGACUGUAUAGCGCCGAUAAACGGGACGCUGCCCACAUACAAGCUUGAUGGAGCGAACUCGUCGACGUCGUACGAAGCCAUCAACAGCCCGUGCAGCACGGACUGCCCGUACCUGUGGCUGUUCGUGUUCCUGUCCUUCUGCGUCAUGCUGUUCACCUUCCUCGCCACCAUGCCCGCGCUCUCCGCUACUUUGAGAUGCGUGCGGGAAGACCAGCGCUCGUUCGCGCUGGGCAUCCAGUGGAUCAAGGUGCGUCUGCUGGGCACCAUCCCCGCGCCGCUGCUGUUCGGCUUCCUCAUCGACCUGUCCUGCUCGCUGUGGGACCAGGCCUGUGGCGCCACUGGUGCCUGCUUGUUGUAUGACAACGUCAACAUGAGCAGAUACAUGUUGGCUCUGGCGCUAAUCGGAAAGCUCUGCUCCGUUCUCUUCUUCUUCCUUGCGUGGUGGUUCUACCGCCCGCCUGGCGGAAAGAGCGGCAACGCCAUAGUACCGUCGGUGGACCUCGUGGUCCGCGGCGAGAAGACCAACGGCAACGUCGGCAACGUUGCGAACGGGACCAACGUCGUGAACGGCAACGGCGUUGCCAACGGGAACGUCACUAGCAACGGGUAUUGUAACGCAGCUUUAGAGUGUAGCGAGCAUCUAUAAGUAUGUAGAUUAUGUGACCGUAAUGAUUUUGAUGGUGACUGGAAUACCAAAUGGUAAUUGAGUAUGAAAUCUCAGUAGCUGGUGUGGUUGGUGUUCGAAAAAGUUUUCACUUGCGUUUUUGGAAGAAUGCUCUGUCAGCAUUAGUAACAGUGAGAGCUUCUUAUCUAUUUAACGGAAGGAAUAGUCCAGUCAAUAAAGCAUUAUAGAUGGAAAACUAUA